UUGACCGGAAGAGAUUUAAAAGGAUCUGUUUUCUAAUAUUAGCCAUAACCAACUCUCUUACCGAGAUACACAUGCAAAACCGAAAUUUCCAGAAGAUUACACUCUAAUGGCGUCCAUGAAACUCAUCGUUCCUCUUCUCCGUCGCUACAUUUCCAUCGCGAUAUCUCUCUUCCAAAGCCUCGUUUUGUGUCUAUUCGAUAAUUUCGAUUACCCUAUCCUCAUCAACCUCGCCGACGCGUUCUUAUCAUUAUACUUCAUAACAUUCUGCGAUCUCCGCCCAAUCACCGUCGAUUUAAACGAUGGAGAAACCACCGUACAUUUCUGGGUCUCCGGCCACCGCAGAAACAACCGCCCAGACCUCGUCAUGCUACACGGCUACGGAGGAAACUCGAAAUGGCAGUUUAUCCACCAGGUCUCAGAUCUCUCCAAAUCUUUCAACCUCUUCAUCCCCGACCUAGUCUUCUUCGGGAAAUCUCACUCGAGGAACACCGAGCGGACCGUCGAGUUUCAGGCGAGGAACGUCGUCGGAGGAUUGAAGAGGCUGGGCUGCAGCGAGGGCGGUUUGGCGGUUUACUCGAUCAGCUACGGAGGUUUCGUCGCGUACCGGAUCGCGAAGAUGUGGCCGGAGAUGAUCGAGAGACUGGUGAUCGUGAGCAGUGGAGUGGGGUUUACGCAACAGCAGAAGAUGACGGAGAUGAAAAAACAUGGUGGAGAUGUGUCGGAGAUUCUUGUUCCGAGGAGUCCGCGCGACCUACGGAUGUUAGUUAGGAUUUCAAUGAAUACUGGGAUCGCGUUCAUUGACUGGGUUCCAGACUUCAUCCUCUCCCAAUUCAUCGCUGUGAUGUAUGAGACGAAUAGGAAGGAACUUGUUGAGUUAGCCAAGAAUUUGCUGGAAAGAGAAGAAGAUGCUGAGUUCUAUGCAAUAUCACAGAAAACCUUAAUUAUUUGGGGUGAUAAGGAUGAGGUGUUUCCCUUGGAGCAUGGACGUCGUCUACAUAGACAUUUGCCAAACUCGAGUAUAGAGAUAUUGAAGGAUAUUGGACACGGCGUGAACAUUGAAGCACCAACUACUCUUAACAACUUAAUAACCUCGUUUGUUUUAGAUGUUUCCUGACUCCUAUUUCUGUUCUGACAAACAUAGUAAAUUUAUGUCUGACAUAUUAAUUAUAUAUGUAUGUUCCAAGAAAAUUACAAACGAAUUAAUAUCAA